AUGGAGCAAGAGAAAAUUCUUGAAGAGAAUCCGCACAAUCUGGAUACCACUCUAACCUCAAAUUGCAUAAUGUGUGAUCAGCCAAACACUGCCGAUAAUAUGGUUUGUUGUGAUGACUGUAAGUUAUGGGCGCACUACAGUUGUGCCGGGGUGACCGACGAAAUUAAAAACCACCCUUGGAGUUGUGUGAAAUGCCGUCAUAAGCUAAAGGUGCCUAAGGAGAAGAAAAUAACGAGGAAAAAUAGCUCCAAAAAAGGCGACAGUGGUUCGAUUCGUAGUGCUAGUGGCACUCUAGAAUCAGCUCUACAGCAACUAGAGGACGAGCAACAGAUCAAAGAGCGUGCUCUGGAGGAGGAAAUGAUUUUAUUGGCAAAACGGCUUGAGAUGAACCGAACCCUGCAAGAAAAAAGGAUGCAGAAGGAAAAAGAACUGAAGGAGAAAACGCUCCAACUGGAACGGGAUUUCUACGCUCGGCAGCUCCAACAGGAUAAGGAAAUGUACCAUCGUCAGCUAGCUGAAAAACAAGAUUUUAGCCGAAAACGGCUUAUGUUGAAGCAGCAGUUUGAAGCUGAAAAAGAAGAACAAUUUUCCGAAGGUGAUGGUGCCAAUCCCGACGACGAUGGAGAUAGUAUAGUUGAAGACUGGUUGAGCAAAAUGUCGUUGACUACAAAACCGAAUAAUUUCGAAAGCGCGACUCAAAAACCGUGUAUGGCGGGAAUUGGUGAGAGCUCUGGAGUCGGAUUGACAUCGAUGAGUGCGACUCAGUUUAAGAAGGGUACAGAUGCCAAAUUUCGAAAAGGAGGUGAUGUCAACGACGAAAAUCAAGGUGAGCAUUAUGGUUUUAAAUUGGGUGGCCAAAUCAGUGGUCUAACCGAAGAAGAGCUUGCAGUUAUUAAAAAGUUACGCCAAAGCAAGCUCGCGCCUAAUAGUGCUGGGUCGUCAUGUGUGCUGAACGAUGGAGAGUUAACCAAACAACAAAUCAUAGCCCGACAAGGUACGUCCAAAACUCUGCCCAUAUUCAAAGGGGAGCCUGAACUGUGGCCUAUCUUUAUAAGCAGCUUUGAAAACACUACGCGAUCUUGUGGCUUUACGGAUCUGGAGAACCUCAAACGCCUUCAAGAUUGUCUUAGGGGAGAUGCUUUAGAAACAGUGAGAAGUAUCCUAGUGCUUCCAGAAUCCGUACCAGCUGUCAUUAAUGAUCUUCGCAAUCUGUUUGGUCGGCCAGAAAAGCUACUCCGAGCUCUCGUUACAAAGGUACGAAAGGCGCCAUCACCUAGAUUGGAUAGGAUGGAAACGUUUAUCCACUUCGGAAUCACAGUCAAGCAAAUGUGUGACCAUCUACAGGCAGCCGGCCUUGAUGAACACCUCCAGAACCCCAUGUUGGUAAAAGAGCUUUCGGAAAAACUGCCACUCGAUUACCAAAUACAAUGGGUUCGAUAUAAGCGGGAAAAUGCAGACGUAAUAUCCCAUUCUCCAUUACGUCUCUUUACAAAUUUCAUGAAUUCGAUAGUAGCGGACGUAUCCGAAGUAACAGAUUCAGCUUUUAUGGACAACGAAGACCGUUUUCGAGGUGGCAAAGGAAGAAGAAAAGAGUCCUCGCACAUGCAUAGUCUAACCCCAAAUUCAUCCUCCGAAACACAAAAGUUAUCCAAACCCUGUAUCCUUUGUAACCGCACCGAUCACAAACUUCGGUUUUGUGAUAAUUUCAAGCGUUUGUCGGUAACCGAACGAAUCAAUUUGGUAACCAGGUUCAAGCUUUGUGGAGUAUGUCUAAACGCUCAUGGUAAAAGCAAGUGCAACUUUAAGGUACGAUGUACUAUUGCUGGCUGUCGAGGCGGUCAUCAUCCCUUGCUUCAUGUAACCGAAGAGCUGGUGCAACACUUAAACGUUGAAUGUAACACUCACGAUCGGAGGAGUCGAUCUGUGAUUUUCCGGAUGGUUCCGAUAACCCUUUUUGUCGGAGACCUGGCUUUCGAUACGCUGGCCUUCUUGGAUGAAGGGUCGUCGGCGACACUUUUAGAAGAUUUCGUGGCUGAACAACUUCAAGCCGCUGGUAGUUUCGAACCUAUGGUAGUGUCUUGGACAGGAAAUGUGAAAAGAUACGAAAACCAGUCUCGCAAAAUCAAUAUUCUUAUUUCGCCAAGAGGUUCCGAUCAAAAGAUGUUUUUGAAAGAUGUUCGCACGGUUUCUAAACUACAACUUCCACAACAAAAAGUUGGUUUCAACGAAAUACGUGACAAAUACCCCCACCUACGAAACUUACCAGCUGUUGAUCAUAAUUUGGAGAAGGCAAGAAUCAUGAUAGGGUUAGACAACCUGCACGUGUUUGCCCCACUGGAGUCUAGGGUCGGGCAACCCGGCGAACCGAUUGCUGUUAGGUCACAGUUGGGCUGGACCAUCUAUGGAUCAUUCGAAAACGGAACGACCUCCGAGGUGUCCGUAAAUUUCCAUGAAGUAGAGGACCUAAGCAAUCAACAGCUGCAUGAUAUACUAAGACGUCAAUACUUGUUGGAUGACGCAGACAAUCACAUAUCACCACCACUAUCGAAAGAGCAUCAGCAAGCAUUAGAUAUUCUGCAAAAUACAACAACUUAUUCGGACAAUAAGUACCAAACUGGAUUGAUUUGGCGAAAUGAACAACGAAACUUCCCCGACAGCUUUCCCAUGGCUAAUAAAAGGUCCAUUCUCUUGGCUCAAAGACUGGCUAAGAACCCGCAGUUAAGGACGAAUGUACAGCGACAAAUCCAAGAGUAUGUGGAAAAGGGAUACUCACAUGAGAUCACGCAAGAAGAGCUUGAUGGGACCCCGAAGGCGAACAUCUGGUAUUUGCCGUUAAACGUAGUGACGAAUCCUCGUAAGCCGGAUAAGGUGCGUCUUGUAUGGGACGCGGCCGCAUCUGUUCAAGGAACAUCGCUCAAUUCUGAACUCCUACCUGGACCUGAUCUGUUAGUAUCACUUCCAGGAGUAAUCUGUCGUUUUCGCGAAAAGCCUGUUGCGUUUGGAGGUGACAUCAAAGAGAUGUUUCACCAGUUGAACAUCAGGCCGGAGGACAAGCAGGCUCAACGAUUUCUUUUUCGUGACGAUCCGCAUCAAGAACCCACUACCUAUGUUAUGGACGUGGCUACUUUUGGUGCAAGCUGUUCACCGUGCACCGCACAGUUUAUUAAGAACCUAAAUGCUAGGAAAUACUCUAGUGAAUUUCCACAAGCAGCAGAGGCGAUCGAAUAUCAGCACUAUGUUGAUGAUUACUUCGACAGCACCGACUUUAUCGAAGAUGCGGUCAAAUUGGCUAGUGACGUAAAAAUGAUUCACGCAAAAGGUGGCUUUCUGAUCAGGAAUUUCGUGUCAAACUCUCAGGAGUUUCUGAGAAAUAUGAACGAGUCGGAGCUCAAUCCGUCAGUGCACUUUCAUGCAGACAAAUUUACUCAAACGGAGCGAGUACUAGGGCUAGUAUGGCACCCGAAACAGGAUGUUUUUAGUUUCUCAGCCGCAUUUAAACCGGAAUUACAACCAGUGGUUGGUGGUGAAGUGGCACCUACAAAAAGAACGAUUUUAAGCUGCAUCAUGUCUUUGUUCGAUCCUUUAGGACUGUUGUCCCCAUUUACAGUUCACGGCAAGUUGUUGGUACAGGAUCUGUGGAGGACCGGCUGCGGCUGGGAUGAGACGAUCGACGAAGAUUCAGUCCGGAAAUGGAGGCGCUGGACAGAGCUUCUUCCGGAUAUCGGCCAACUAAGGAUACCAAGGAGUUAUUUCGGCUGCGCUCGAUCCGAUCAGUAUGAUCAAGUGCAAUUACACGUAUUUACCGACGCAAGUGAGGCUGCCUACGGAUGCGUGGCGUACUUCUGCGUGACCGUCGGACAGGAAAAACGAUGUGCUCUAGUAAUGAGUCGUACUAAAGUUUCCCCUAUUAAACAAUUAUCCAUCCCUCGAAACGAGCUGCAGGCUGCAGUGCUGGGUGCGCGGUUGGCUAAAACAGUUCGUGAGAAUCAUCGGCUCGAAAUCAACCAGCAGUAUUUCUGGACCGAUUCUCAAACGGUCCUAUCUUGGAUUCAGUCCGACCAGCGCAGGUACAAUCCUUUCGUUGGUCACCGGAUUGGAGAAAUUUUGACUCUAACGAAACUAUCGGAAUGGCGCUGGGUGGAACGUGGCUAA